UCCCAUGAACCAGGUUAUUCUAGUUUAAAAUGAACACAAUUACUGAACACUGAUGUCUUGCUACAGUGGUCAUAUAGCAUUACAAUAUCUAUAUUUGUCUUCCUUGCAAUAGGCAUUGUAGCUGCUUAUAAAUGUAUUUUGAUGAUAUUCAUGAAUUUCAAUCACAUUUAACUCAUCUGAACUGUAUAGUGAUUUUAUCCCAUAUUGUAAAAUUUGUGUAAUUUGUAGUCAUUGUAGUAGUCAUUGAGGUCCACCCUAUUCCACCAAGGUCCACUCAGUUUAAAAUUUCUGACCUCGCCACUGUUCCUAAUUAUGUAUCAUAAUAAUUUGAAAAUGCAUCCUUUCAUUCCACACAAAUAAUUGCUAGGGUGCAGCAUGAGCAUGAAAACUUGGCCUAAGAUACGACGCGACGUCAAUCGUAUUCAGGCUUAUUUUUAUCGCUAAAAAAAAUUAAUAAAUAUGAAAAUAAAUAAUAAUAGUCUACUAAUUUAUUGUAGGAAUUAUUUAAACCUGGUUAUUGUGCAUUACGUCAUCGUGCAUUCGUGAACGGCAUCCUGUGAGAGAUGCAGUAAUCACAGCUGCCUGUCAUGACAGCAGGGCGGAGAUUAACAGGCUUUUUAAAACUAUUCUUCGAUUGGCUUGAGCUUUGGCCAACACUGAGUGAGAUGAUCGAAACCUCCAUCAAGCCCCAUCAUGUCUGACUGAUCUUUAUCACAACUGCUAUCUGCAGAAAUGUGCUGAUCUAAACUCCUGUUGCUCUUGAACUCCAGGAGCCCUGCUUUGCCAAUGAGGUCCGCUUAGUCUACAGAAGAGGAGACAUCCUCAAAGCCUCAGCGAAAACAUCGUUUUUUUUAAAUGGUCAUCCCAAUGCUUGCUUGAUUCCAAGGUAUUACAGAUUUUCAUUUGUGUGGUGGCACAUGUGAGAGGUCGAAAGUGUUUCUCCAACGAGUCUACCAAAAACUCAGACUGUUUUCCAAAGCAGACGAGUCUCAACCACCUCCUACGGCGGUGAUGGGAAGUGUGAGAACACACCGGUACAGCAUAGUUUCCUCUGAGGAAGGCGGGAUGAAGCUGUCCCCUAUUGCCAUGCACAAUGGCUACGGCAAUGGAAAUGUGGGCGGCAAAGUGCACAUGCAGCAGCAAGAACAAACCCGCUUCGUCAACAAGGACGGACACUGCAAUGUGCAGUUCAUCAAUAUGAGUGAAAAAGGUCAGCGCUACCUGGCCGAUAUCUUCACGACGUGCGUUGACAUCCGUUGGCGUUGGAUGAUGGUCCUCUUUUGCCUCUCCUUCCUAUUGUCCUGGCUUCUUUUCGGAGUAAUAUUCUGGCUCAUUGCACUUUUUUCUGGGGAUUCUGAGAAUCAAGAGCAGACAUGCAUUUCGAAUGUUGACAGCUUCACAGCAGCAUUUCUGUUUUCCGUGGAGACACAAACAACUAUUGGUUAUGGCUACCGAUAUGUAACAGAGGACUGCCCCAUUGCUGUCUUCAUGGUGGUUUUCCAGAGCAUCUUGGGAUGCAUCAUUGAUGCCUUCAUCAUUGGUGCAGUCAUGGCUAAAAUGGCCAAGCCUAAGAAAAGAAAUGAAACCCUUGUGUUCAGUCAUUAUGCCACAAUAGCUAUGAGAGAUGGUAAACUGUGUCUAAUGUGGAGGGUCGGGAAUCUCCGGAAAAGCCACUUGGUGGAAGCUCACGUUCGUGCCCAGCUGCUCAAAUCCCGCACCACCGCUGAAGGCGAGUUCAUCCCGCUGGAUCAGAUAGACAUUGAUGUCGGAUUCGACACUGGUAUUGACCGUAUAUUUUUAGUGUCCCCUAUCACCAUUGUGCAUGAGAUUGAUGAGGACAGUCCUUUCUAUGAUAUGAGCAAACAGGAACUGGAAAGUUCGGGGCUGGAGAUAGUGGUGAUUUUGGAGGGCAUGGUGGAAGCUACAUCUAUGACCACUCAGUGUCGGAGCUCUUACGUGACGAGCGAAAUCCUGUGGGGUCAUCGCUUUGAGCCGGUCCUUUUUGAGGAGAAAAACCAUUACAAGGUGGACUACUCACGCUUCGAGAACACCUAUGAGGUUCUCAGCACACCUCAAUGCAGCGCUCGAGAUUUGGCCAAAAAAAAGUAUGUAAGGUCUAGCUCCAACUCUUUUUGUUACGAGAAUGAAGUAGCAUUCAUGGAUAAAGAGGAAUCGGAGGAUGACGAUGAUGAUGAUGAUGAUGAUGAUGAUGAUGAUAAAGACCAGAAGAACAUCAGAAGGGACAGUAUGUUCUUGGAAGGAUCUAAUAUUGAUGAUGUCAAAAGCACCGUUUCCAGUCAGGAUUCUUUACCACUACAACUCAAACCUUCAAGACAACAGCCUGAGUUAUGACCGAUUGAAGAAAGACUUUGUUUUAUUGACUAUUUGGUGUGUAGCAUAAAAGGGUGUUUUGCUGCUAUUUUAAAAGCAAAAUCUUACCAGGAAUCUCAAAAGUCAGGGUUGCAGAUGUUGUAAUUCACUUAGCCUUGUUAUCUAAGAAGACAGAUCAACAAGCAUUAACUUUCAAAUCAACCCUGACAGUCUAUAUGCAUUUAAUUUGUAAUAUAGACGAGCAGCACAUAUUGAAGAUAAUGUAAGCAAAGAACUGAAAUAAAAAACAUUACAUAAAGUUUUCAUCUGGUUUUUGUAGAUUUUGGGGAGACAGACUGGUCAAAUAAAAAAAAAUGGCAGUGCAUUAGGUCACAGAUUUUUUUUUUUUUUUCAUCCAGUCAGAGAGUACAACAUGUUUGAUAUUUUGACCUAGAAAACGUAUUGUUUUAUUUGUUACACAGUGCCACCAGUCUAUUUAACUUAGUUUCCUGGCCACCAUCUUGGAUGCAUUUUUUUAUUUCACUGAGCUUGUCACAAUGCAUUCUGGGAUUGCUUUCUUCAUUAUGUUUGACUUCAAAAGCAGAGGCGGAUGAUGGCUGUAGUGAAAAUGAGAACCAAAUGUUUCCAUAAUUCAUUUGGUUGUGACUGAAAACAGGCAGGAUAUGCUUAUAUGGAUCACAGAUGAUUUGACAACCUGUUAAUGAGCUGGUCUCUUAACAAUGUUGUAUUUCUCCUCUCUUUCUGCAAAUGAACAAAAGAAAAGUAUGUUGAUAUGCAUACAGUGCAUAAUUGAUUGUGUUGGUUGUAAUGUGCUAUAAUAUCAGUAUUGAAGAUUAGCCAUACAUUUUUAAUGAGAGUAAUGCUAAUCUUGGGCAAUUAUUGUUUUCAUGUAGUGAAUGUGCAAUAGUUUUUAGUGACUAAAGACAUUAAAGUCAAUGUUUAUGAAAGAAGACAUGAAUGUUACUUAUCUGCUGCUGAAAGAUAAAUAUGUUGAUAAGAGGUAUACUAUUUUGUUUUAUAUGACAAUGUGUGACAACCAAAGCAAUAAUGACUUGCAUUGCUGGCAGGUUUUAAAAAACAUAAAAAGUAGGGAACCAAUACCUAAUCAAAGGAUCUGAUAUAUAAAAC